CACGACAAAGGCACGACUGCCACAAAAUACAGUAUAACCACAGAGUCACUGCCGUGUUUUUUCGUGGUCAAAUAUCUCCGCAUCUGAAACAACUUGACAUCUAUAAUCAUAUCAUACCUUAACAAGUCAGAAUCUCCGUCAAGAUGGUCCAGUUUUCCGAAGAAACAAAGGAGCGCAUUUCCAAGGUUAUUGAUGUUUCGAGGGUCGCUAUUCACUACGGAUACUUGCCUCUGAUUAUUUAUCUCGGAUAUACCUACAGUGAACCGAAACCUUCGCUCUUCAAGCUGUUCUCGCCAUUGGCUUGAUUGACCCUACGACACGAUAAUAACAGGUUAAGAAUGAACUGAGGACCUGAUGGGCAACUACGUUUUUGCUUUUCCUCCUUCGUCCGGGUUUGGAAACAGUGAGGCCAGGAGAGGGGUUUGAUAUCACUCGGGCUGUACAUGCUGGCAUCCAAAAACUGGAGAGGUGUCUGUGUAAUUAUAAAUUGGUUAAUUCAAGUCGCGG